UUUGUCCUUUUUUUCAUCUAAAUAGAAAAUCUGUAUAUAUAAAAAAUGGAAGAAGAGGUUACACUGCACCAGGAGUCUGUGCAUAUGUACAAGCAGGACAUUGAUGACAAUUGUCCAAUGACAGGUGAUGAAACAGACACAGAAGUAUAUCAUGAUAUUUUACGUCCUGUGCUUACAUGUUCAGAUAGCGAAAAUGUUAAUAUUAAAAAUGAAGCAAUGGAAUUGCCAUCAGAAUCUUCCCCGAGAAAGAAGAAGUCAGAAAUGACAAGUGGUGACUUCCAAGACUUGUUUCCACAAAUAUCAGCCAGAGAUAAUGAAGAGGAAGAAGAAAGCCUUUCAUCAGAUAGAAAUUAUUUCAGUGAUGAAGAAACAAGCUCAGUUGCUGGAAGUUUUGAUGAUUUUGGAAUAGAUGAUGAGGACAGUUUAUCAGAACCUGUCUCAGAAAAAAAUAGAGAAGAGAAACUUCGAAGAAUAGCGUUAAGACAACAUCUUGAUCAACUUGGAGAACUUGUUAUCGAGAAGGAGUGUGCUGUAACACAGGCUAGGAAUGAACUUCAAAAGUGCCAAGAAUACCUUGAACAACUGCAGUUGGACCUAUCUGAAGCUAAUAAUCAAGGCAAAGAAGCAGAGAAGAAGAAACAGAAGGCUGCUUACUAUUGUUUAAAAAGCAAACAAGAUAAGCUGUGGACGGAGAUAAAUGUUGAAAAAGCUGUUGAAGUGAAAUUAUUGCAAAACCUUGAAAGUGCCGAGUUUAACUUAGCCCAAACAUAUAUAGAACAUGCUAAGUUCUUGCCGUUAGAUGAGGAACUGGAAAACGAAGAAAAAAAACUGGAUAAACUCAAAGCUGAGAAAGCAUCUGCAAGAAUAAAAAAAGAAACAAAUGCAGCUUUAGUUCUUGAAAGGCGGAAAAAGAGUAGAGACAAGGAGCAUAUAUCUGCAUUUCGGGAAAGAGAACGAAAAAGUCGACAAGCACUUAUAUCUGCAAAGAAAAAUCGAGAAGUAGCAGUUAAAUAUUUGAAAGAGACCAUGGACCGAGUUCGUCAACGGGAGAGCGAGGAAGAGGAUAAAAGCAGAAGCGAUUUAAAUCAACGAAUGAGUGCCUUGUUAAGUUUAAAAAGAAACAUUGAAUUGAAUAAGGAAAAUAUAAAUGCAGUUCAAGCUCAGGAUUCACACAUUAAUAAAAAGGAGAAGAUGAAGGAAGAUUUAGAAAGACAAAAACUUAUCUCGAUGGGUGAAAAUCCUGAUGAAGUAUUGACAAGACGUAAAAGAAUACAACAGUUUGAACGUGAUAAAGAGGCAUUUGAAAGAAAACAAAGAGAACGGGAGAUAGAAAUUGUAAACAAAGUUAUCCUUGAAGAGAAACAGAUGAAACGUAGGUAUCAACAACAACCACAGCUAUGGCCAGACAAUAGGCCCAGGAGGGUUCCACGCAAGAGGUCCAAGCCUCGUUUUGCUCCAUCAAGUGGAUCUGAAUCCAUGGAAUAUGGUGCCGAUGUUGAAGACACUGGAGGGAAAAUCUCAUAUAUUGGCAAAGUUUCAACAGAUGAUGAAGGAGAGUUUUCACCAUAUGGUGCUACAAAUAGAGACGAUGAUAGAGAAACCACAGAAGAUGACGAGGUAGCAAAAGACGACAGUGGAAUUCAACAUGACGAAGGUGAAGAAGAAAAUCUUGCAAAACCUGAAUUUAAGGGGUUAUGGGAACAGGAAGAAAUUCAGGAGGAUGUUGAUAAACCUGCACACUGGAAAACUUCAACUCGUGAAUAUAGCAAAUAUGAACAGGGAAUGAUGAAAAAUGCAUUGAGUAAACAAAAACAAAGCAUAGUACAGAAGCAAGUUGCGGCAGGAAGAGAAUUUAAGGGAGAAGCUUUUUACAGUAAACCGGAAAUUGUGCUUUUUAAAGAUUUUGAUGUUGGUAAAACAUACAAACAGAAGGUUCUUUUAACAAACAUAUCAUACUCACAAAAUUACUGCCAAUAUGUUGGUGUCACAGAGAAAAUAAAAGACUUCAUCGAUGUCCUGUUUAGUCCACCUGGAUCGAUGUCAGCUGGACUGACAUGUGAUCUCACUGUCACAUUUAAGCCCAUGAUUAAUGAAGAUAUGGAGGGGUGUAUUGAAAUGAUGGCUCAAACUGGAAUAUUUUAUAUCCCCAUCAAGUGCCUGAUAAAACGCUGUGAGGUAUGUGUUGAUGCACAUGAAGUUGACUUUGGUACUCAAGUGGUUGGAGAAACACGAAAAAGAUCAAUUACAUUAAAGAAUACCGGAGCUCUGUCUACAGACUUCACUUUCUACAAAACCUGCAACUGUGAUAGCGAUGAAAAACCUGAUGCUGAAGCAAGUGAUACAAAUGUUAAUAACAAAGAAAGUCAGGAAAAUGGUGACGCUGCAGUCACAGGUGAUAAACAGCCAGUUGGUGUGGCUGAAUCUAACGAGAAAGUUGAUAGUAUGAGAGUUGGUAAAGUUGCAAGUGGUACGUUAGCACCGUUUUCUUCAACUCAACUAGACAUUCUGUUUUCUCCUCUACAACCAGGAAAUAUUUCAUGUGAAUUCCACAUUGCGUUCACGGAUCCCAAAUUGAAGCCAGCCAUGGUGAUAGCAAAAGCUUUAGCCAUUGAUCUUCCAGUGUGGGUUGAAAGAGAGGUUGUAGACUUAAAGAUAUGUACGUAUGACAGACUUUAUCAAGAUGCGAUUAUCGUUAAUAACAGAGCAACGUCUGCACUUCGGUUAAGAUUUGAACAACCUAAAGAGCUGCGCAAUCAUCUUGAAAUUUUACCAAAGACGGCAUACGUGCAGGCUGAAUCACAGUUUUCUGCGCAGUUGAAAUUUCUACCACGAAAGACACUUCUCACUGAUGCGGAAUGUUUCUUGAACAAAAACAGCAUGUUACUGGAAGUUCCUAUCACUCUCCGUGUGGCUGAUCAGACACAGCCUGUUAAGUUUGUCUUUCAAACAGUACUUACCUCGUCCGAUUUGGAGUUCGACGUAGACGAAGUCAACUUUGGUUGUUGUACAGUCUGUGAGACUGUUUACAAAACCAUACAGCUACAUAACAAAUCAGUUUUACCGCAGCGAUAUGGUUUUGUCGCUACACCAGAGGUGAUAGAUGUGCAACCAAAUGAUGGCUUUGGUACAAUUUUACCAGAUGAAAAACUUUUAUUUGAUAUUUCAUUCAAUCCAACUAAAGCACAGGAUUAUAAAUUCGAUCUUAUUUGCAAGUCACACAUCGGGCGUGAAUUCUUGCUGCGAUGCAAGGGCGUAGGUGUUUUACCGCCACUUAAGUUGUCUGAUUCGCUGAUUAAAUUUCGCGCUACUGCGGUGAACGACACUUCGUCGACGUUUUUUUCCGUAAUUAACGAUCACACAAGUACUAACCAGUUUACGCAUCCAGUUCCAAGAAUAGGAAAUGGUGACAUAUUUCCCGUGGGACCGACAUCUUUCCACUUCGUAGUUCCAAAUGAUGCUCCCAUCACAAUUUCACCAUGUGUUGGUACUGUGUUUCCCGGAGAGAAGUGCAUCGUACAUAUAACGUUUUCCCCGAGAUUGGAUGACAACGUCGUCGAUGCAAAAACAUUAGAGUUGGUCGAAGAAGAACAAUUCGAAACAAUCCAAUGCAUAGAAGAAAAAACUGAAGCGAAGCAUAGAGAAAUUAAAAGUAAAAAUCAAAAGGGAAACAGCAGAGCUAAAGGCAAUACAUCACAAACGCAAUCAUCAGGCAAACAGCUCGCUAAUGACAAGCGUACUCAUGAUAGGUCUAAUCAAAGGAAGCAAGCUCAAUUAUAUUUACAAAGAAAUUAUGAGAACAUUUUGUCAUGUUACAAGAUACCUUGCUUCAUCGCGUACGGAGAAUGUGUUGAUUCCACGAAUAUGCAAUAUAAUGUACACAAUACGUUAUACCUGAAAGCCCACUGUCCAUCUGUGAGGCCGUCGUUGAUCGUUGUCUCAGAAAGUGGCGAUAAUCUUGUUGAUUUUGCCAAAGUUUCAGUUGGUCAGCGGCAUUCUCAAAUAGUUUCACUUCAAAAUAUAUCCAGUGAAACUUUAACUUUAAGUUCAUCUCUACUUGAUCCUCUUGGUCCAUUUGAGGCUGUUAACGCGCUGAGACCGAUUGAACCGAAUGAUAUCUUCUCAGUGAAAUUAUCUUUUACUCCGCAAAAAGAUGAUGACUUUUAUGAAGUCUUGGAGGUGUCAUCUUUGACAGAUACUGUUCGUAUUCGUUUAAAAGGACAAGGUGUGAAGCCUAACAUUACGUUGGAACCGAUAGGCGAUACAUUUGAUGUCGGCGACGCCCUUAUUAUGGAUACAGUGGUCGCAACUUUGAAGGUGACUAAUGCUUCGGAAUUGUCUCUUGUGUUUGAUUUAACACUUGGAAGCCUGUUGACAAGCAAACAUAGUCGCACCCAAACCCUGCCCGCUUAUUUAAAGCAGUUCAAAGAUUGUUUGGAGAGUUCGAAUUGUUCAUUCCUUAUUGGUCCACCCAACAGAUCAAGUUUGUGCGUGUUUGGUUGUAAACCGGCUCACGGUAUUCUCAAACCCGGUGAGUCGAAGGACAUCAUGAUAUCAUUUUCUCCUGAUCAUGCGAGCGAACUGUAUCGUGACGAAUUACUCAUAAAUGUGAACGGUGCUGAGGAGUUUACGCACGUUCACCUUGUUGGUCGAGGCUGGCCAAACAUUGCCUUUGCAAGAGGAUGGGACAGAUUAAUUCCUGCUGAAGAAAGCUUAGUAAAUGGUGAAAAAGAAGAUAUAGACGCGAAGUCAUAUGAAAAGACUGUCCUAUUAACCUUUCACAGUGUCUUGACCGAUUCAACACCACCUGCUGAACGUAUAAUCGAGCUUGGUUGUAUUAAAUCGUCCACACAAACAAAAAAGUCUUGCGAUUUUGUGAUUGAAAAUACCAAAGAUGCAAAUGAAAAGGGCUUCACUAUCGAUCAUCUAAAGGGUGGUGUGGAUAUAGGGGCGAGAAGAGAUUUAUCCUUUAAAUGGACAAUUCCACCACAAUAUGACCCUGGACAUUUGAUUAAAUCUUCCGUUCAGCUGGUUAUGCGUGGAGAUGCAACUGUGACGUAUAACAUCAUACUAAGAGGCUAUGUUAUUUGUUCAGUGCCCAGCUAGUUUGUUGAAUGAAUUUAAGCACAAAUUCUCUUUGGCAAAUAUAUAUAUAUAUAUAAAAAAUAAAUUCAUCUGUAAUGUACUUUAUGAUUUAUAUUUAUUAAAUUAAUAUUUUCUGCAAGUUAAUAAUUUAUUUUAAAAAUCAUUGUGUAUUUACGUAAAAAAAUUCUGUAAAUAUAUAAGGUAUAUAAAAUUAUUGUAUCAAA